GAAGAAUUCAAGGAUUGUCGCCAAGCCUGCCAUGGCGGAGAUGGAGAAAGUGACAGAAGAGACUCUGAUAGCGUGUUGGAAUACAUUAUCUGUGGCUCCCGAUUUUUUCAAAACCUGCGAGAAACUACCGAUAAACUACGUUUGGGCAAAGGAAUAUCCGAGGAGACUCUAUUGCCUACAAUGUGAAAGCAUAGAAUUUCAAGAUGAAAAUGGAGAGAAGAUAUGGUCAACUACUGGAGACGGUGAAAUGACCAAUCUUCCGGCUCGAGUAGGCGUUUACAUUGUGAGAGGGAAAGCAAUAAUUCAAUAAUUCAGUCGUCGCUGUAUGCAUAUAGCGCAUUGACUAUAUCAGUUCCCAAU